AUGUUGCGGAUAGUCCUGUUGCAAUGCGCGGUGGGCGUUGCCCGGACCUUUUCUCAAGGUGAAGACUGCGACUCGCUGCCCCUUUUGGUGGAGAGCAUUGCUGAGAAGGACAAUGCGUCCCUGGCAGCCGAGUGUCGGAGACAUCUGGGGUUGAGAGACUGCGAGCAGCUGUUGCUGUCCGUGGGCAAAGGGCCCUGGGAUACGGAGGUACGACAAAAAGCCUGCAAGAAGAUUGCAGAUUUACUCCAGUCGCGUACCCUUCUGGACACUCCAUUGGAUAAGGUCGUAGCCACCAAAAGUCCGGAGCCGACAGAGGAGCCGGCGACACUGGAAACGGUCAGCCCAGAUGCCCUGGCGACGCUGGCGCCAGUGGAACUGCCCACGGUGGCACCAGUGGAGCUGGUGACGGUGGCGCCGCUGCCCGAAGUUGAGCUGGUGACGGUGGCGCCAGUGGAAGUUCCUAGCCUCGCACCGCUGCCUGCUGUAUUGCUUCCCACUGUGGCACCAGCAGCUGCUUCUGCUGAAGGAGAAGAGGCUGAGGACGCGGAAGCCAGUCAGGCGCAGGCGACCCCUGGACUUCUCAAUGCGCUGGGGCAGACCUUUGUGAGUCCCGCGGCGGAGCUGACGCCAGAGGAUCGACCUUCGUGGCUGUCGCCGUCAGCGGACCUCCAGAAUCCGCUGGAUGCGGUGGACGCUGCGCUCCAACCGAUCCUGACGACCGCGGCGCCUCUGAGACCUGUGGCGGAAGCGCUGAGAGGUGCUGCGAAUGGCCUGCUGAAAGGCUUGGCGGAGAGUGAGCAGACCCAAACAGGAGAAGCAGAUGUGAGCAAACAAAGUGACCAGGAGCAUCCCUCCUGGAAGAAGGAAGAGUCGUUCCAUGAGCGCGAAACGGACGAAGCGAAAGGUCCCUUCGGUGUGGACCUGGGCGACUUCAUCAGUUCCAACGCCAACCAGGAUCCAUCUCAAAGGGAUUCCAGCCCAGAGGUUGAGACUGAAGGCAGCUCUGAUGAAGACUGGAUGGAGGACAAGUUCAAGCUCCGUCGCAAAGUUGUCGACAGCGGCACUCAUAAGAUGCUGCUGUGGGCAUUUCUCUUCGUGGCCUUGGUAAGCUUCGCAUCCUCCUUGGUGAUCCGUUGGCGGCCGACCGCUCCCACGGCAUAUUCGCGACUGGAAGCCCAGGUGCCUUUCUCCAGUUCGCGGCAAGUGCGGGUGGCCUGA